UGUGGUGCUAUCAUCAUGGCGGGAUGCAUGAAAAUGAUGAACGGUUUUAUUUCCACAAGUGCUAAAUUAAUGGUUUUCAUGGUGCUGCUGACCUGUUUACCUCAGGCCUUACUCCAGGAAACGGGUAACAAACAUCCAGUGAUUGAUCUCCAGGAUGGAGGGGAAUAUGUCUUGUCAGGGUCCAACAGGUUCUGUUAUAAAAACAAUGUCGUGCCAACCUGGAGGCAAACAUGGACAAGAAUUCAGGUCAAAGUAUGGAGCUCAAACGUAUUUAAGGUGGAAAUUGUGGAAGGUGAGGAGGACCUGCAGGAGCUGGACCGCUUCAGUUUCUGGAGCUGGUUUCAGAGCUUGUUACGUGAGCGGCACAAUGAAACCACUAUUAACAUCAGUCUAUUCAACAAGAAGAAGUGCUUCAAGAUCGAUCCCGCAGACAAAACUCAGUACACCAUCAAGCCCCUUCGUAAGUUCGAUAUCUAUAUGUUUUUGGUAUUCCUCGCUGGAAUGUUGUUGUUCAUCUUCGCAGGUUCACUAAGCAGGAGUCAAGUUUUCUUCUACUCUGCUGGUAUGAGCACCGGCAUGAUCGCCUCUCUAAUCAUCCUCUUUUUCAUUUUGGCCCGUUUUUUGCCAAAGAAAAGUCCCUUUUAUGUGUUGAUUGUUGGUGGCUGGUCAUUUUCUGUUUACGCCAUCCAGCUUGUCUGCAGGAACCUCGGCGUAAUUCUGCGAGAACACUGGCACGUAGCAUUAGGUUAUGUAGCUGUGGUGGGAUUCAUCAGUUUUGCUGUCUGUUACCGCUACGGUCCUCUGGCAGAUGAAAAGAACAUUAACAUCUUGUCCUGGACGCUGCAGCUGUUUGGCCUGCUCCUGAUUUAUUUAGGGGUGCAAAUUCAGCAAGUUGCCUUCGCCAUCAUCGUGGCAGCUUUGUUAUCCAAAAAUCUGGAGUACCCAGUCAUUCUGGUAGUUGUUGCAUGGAGGAAAAUCAGACAGUUUGUUCACUGGAAGCCUGAGCCACGUCGCCUGUUGACUGAGGAGGAGUAUCAGAAGCAGGGAGAGGAAGAGACUCAGCGUGCACUGGAGGAGCUGAGGAAGUACUGUAACAGCCCAGAGUUCAGCCCGUGGAAGGCAGUGUCCAGGCUUCAGUCUCCGAAAAGGUUUGCUGAUUUCAUUGAAGGGUCCCCUCACUUGAUGCCAAAUGAGGUGUCUGUCCACGUGCAGGAAUAUGGCUUUGGAGGAUCUUUUUUUGAGGAUGAAUUGUUUGACACGGAUGACGAGGAAGAUGAUAUGAAGCCGCCUACGAUGAAACCAGAGUGAGAUGGUGCCGCGUUGGCGAUGUACAGAAAUGGUUAUUACUGCCUUUCAGAAAGGUGAGCGGAGACAGUUCUCCGUGGCUCCUGUGCAGAGUGAUCGAGUUAUCACUGUGGAGGCUGGACUAAGAAAAGCCUGGAUUGUCAUAUCAGUCAGAAGAACCACCUCAUGUCCUGGCUUUCAGCAAAAAAUCACUGACAGAAUGAUCAGAUCUGUUAUUAGCAUGAACAAUGGAAAAGUUUCCAAGAAUGUGCACUAGAGCCAGAUCUUUUUUUUUUUUUUUUUUUAGGGGAACAAAGGCUUCUGUUAAAAUUCAAGUUACAAAUACAGUGAGUCUCAGUGAUUGGGACCAGUUGAAGGUCAAAGCAAUUGAACUUUUACUGUGUGGUUAUGCUUUGUGCUGUAUGUAGUUGUGUCUUAGAGAAUAUGUCAGUUUUAAUUUUCAAAACAUGUUGUGUUCACAGCCUUCAGGCUCAAAGUGGGUGCAAUCAACUGCAAUGAGAGCAUCCGUGUGAUCACCCCACCUGUCUGAACAGCAGCAUGAUGGGGUGGUAGUUAUUACUUUAUCUUUCUGCUCAGGAAGGAAAAGUGUAGUCAAGUUUGUAUUUCACUGUUUUCAUUUUAAUGGACUUAAGUGAGUGGUAGUGUCCCAAGUUAUUUUGAAUAAAAAAAACCUACUUGAGCUUUGACGUGCAUACGCAUCAUUGUAUAAGAUUAGGGUGUAACAGAGGCAAGAUGUUAAUGUGUUCAUAGGGCUUGAUUAAUUAUGUGAUGCAUUUGAAACCAAAUGACAGGUUUUAUUUUUCAAUUAGCACUUUAGCCCUUACCAAACCAACAGUAUAGAAGUAGUUAAACAUUGCCUUACUGCUACGCAGUCAUAUCAUCUGUUUUAUAAUAAUACAGAAAUACCACACUGACUAGGGCCAUUCUGCUGCCUAACUUUUUACUUUUGAUACUUUAAAGUAUAAAAGUUUGCAUUACAUGCUGCUAAUACUUCUGCAGUCCUGCUUCGGUAAGACUUUCAGUGCAGUACUUGAUUUUAUUUGGUGGUACUGCUACAUUUACUUAGUAACAGAUCUGAAUGUUUCCACCACAAGAUUUCUUAAUGGAUAUUUGAUAUCUGUAUCUAUGGCUGCAACUAGCGAUUUCCACUUUCUAUUUGUCAUUUAGUCUCUAAAAUGUAAAAACAAAAUGGUGAAAAAAAAAAGCUGUUUUUGUCAAAAUAACAUCCCAACACCAUAAGAUAUUCAGUGUAAGUGGUACAAAACAAACCAGUCCUUACAUUUUAGAAGCUUCAAAUAGAAAAUUUAAGGGUAUAUUUGUUUGAUUGACUCAAUUUAUUAUCAAUCAGUCAAUUUCCUAUCAUUUGACUUGUUAAAUUGUUUCAGCAUUCAGAGCAGA